AUGCGCACCUCGAAGAUAUCACAAGACACGACUCGUAUCUUCAACUCCAUUUCUCCCAACACUCUCGUCUCAGGCCCCACCACGAGGAGUGCGAAAAGACUCGCUUCUUUCGCUUUAGGAUAUAAUGGAGAGGCGCAGGGCAACGAGGAAAAGGAGGGGGUAACGGAGCGCGGAUUCAAGGGUCCGUCGUCACUGGACGGUACCUCUGAUCUAAGUGCCACGCCAGACAUCGAGGAUGUCUUUCUGUCAACCACCACCACCACCACCACCACGAGUUCAGCGACGAGUCCAAUUGUGCGUGCAAGCAGGAAACGAAAGCUCGGUGCCGAUCCAUCUACGGCGGUAUCAUCAACGACGGCCGCCAUCAAGCAAGAAGCUGUGAGGAUCUCACGUCGAAAUAUUAAGGUGGAACAAAAGCAGGAAGACGAGGAGGAAAAGACCACGCCGCUAAAGAAUAAAGCAAAAGCCAAACCCAAAAAGCCAGCGCGCAAGCACACUUCACCUAGCGGGACGGUCACCGUUGAGCCUCCGUCGAACUGGUCCGAGAUCUACGACAUCAUCAAAGCCAUGCGCGAGCGGAACCCGACCGCACCCGUCGACACCAUGGGCUGUGAGGACCUCUACUGGCGGGCAGCACCUCCGAAGGAAAAGCGGUACCACACGCUCACAGCACUAAUGCUGUCCAGCCAGACCAAGGACACAGUCACGGCAGUGGCCAUGCAGCGCCUGCACAAGGAACUCGUCCCUGGGUCGCAGCAGUCAGCAGGAGCGACAGCGGACUCAAAAGCCCCAUUCGGUAGCGCGGACGAGCCAGACUACCAGUCGAUGCUGACAGUUGAGAACGUCAUCAACUGUGAAGCAGCGCACCUGGACAACCUCAUCGGCAAGGUCGGCUUCCACAACAACAAGACCAAAUAUAUCAAGCAGACGGCCGCUAUUCUACAAGAGCAAUACGACUCGGACAUCCCGGACACGAUCGAGGGUCUCGUAUCAUUGCCCGGUGUGGGCCCGAAGAUGGGAUACUUGUGUCUGUCUGCGGCAUGGGGCAUCGACCACGGCAUCGGCGUCGAUGUGCACGUCCACCGCAUCACGAACAUGUGGGGAUGGCACAAGACUCGAACUCCCGAGGAGACCCGACUCGCGCUGCAGGCCUGGCUGCCCAAGGAUCGGUGGCAUCAGAUCAAUAAGAUGCUGGUCGGGCUCGGUCAGACGGUCUGCCUGCCCAUAGGGAGGAGAUGCGGCGACUGCGACUUGGCCGGGUCUGGCUUGUGCAAGGCCGAAAUCCGCGGUUGGAAGCCAUCUCCGACAAAGAGGGCUGCGGUGGUCAAGGUGCAGGAUCAAUUUGAGGCUGCCUUUGAGGGACAUGACAUGGACGGUAUACCGCCGGCGCUGAAGAAUGAGCCCGAGCCCGAGUCUGAGCACGAUCCGAGCAUCAAAGUGGAGCAAUAA